UACAGUUGGGGCCAGUGAGCCUUUUGUUUUUUGGAAUCAUCUCCAUUCACUGUAUGAAUGUUCUGGUACGCUGCAGCCACUUUUUAUGUCAAAGGUACAAAAGGACAAAUUUAGGCUACAGCGAAACAGUCGGGCUGUCAUUGGAAGUGGGGCCAGCCAAGUUCCUCCAGCAGUAUGCCUCCAUGGGGAAGAAUGCAGUCGACUUUGCCCUGGUGGCCACGCAGCUGGGGUUUUGCAGUGUUUACUUCGUCUUCCUAGCAGAAAACGUGAAACAAGUGUUCGAAGCUCAUAUUGAAGGUCCCUCUGAGCAUCCAGAGUCAGAAGAAAGGUGGAAUCUGGACCUAAGAUUGUACAUGAUAUGUUUCCUGCCAUUCAUCAUUCCAUUGGUUUUUAUACGAAACCUGAAGAACUUAUCCAUCUGCUCUUUUUUAGCCAAUCUAUCUAUGGCUGUCAGCCUUGUCAUCAUUUAUCAGUAUGUUCUCAGG